AUGGCCGCCAUUGAGAAGAACCUCAUUGCCGCUCGCGCCGUCAGCGAGCUGGUCAAGCGCAAGAACUGGGCCGCCCGGGAGCCCGGUGUCAUUGUCGUCUUCUGCAUCGUCUUUGUCGUUGCCGUUGGUCUCAUUGGUCUGUUCAUCGCCAAGCAGUGCGCCAAGAGGCGGGCAUCCAAGUCUCAGAUCUAA